AUGUCUGGAUACUCAUCAUCCGUGAAGCGUAACGAGUCAGCGAUUGCCUCAGACGCAGAGUCCGACGUGGAGGUUGUACCUGGAAGACCAAUUAGGCGUAGUUCUUCGUUGUUCUCAUUAUCCAGCAAUCAAGAGCCACUUCCCAAACCUGAUGAAACCGAAUAUGUGAAAUUUUUGGAAGAUAAACGCCACUUUAGUAUGAUCAGAAACCUUCAUAUGGCCGACUUUAUCACCUGUCUUAACGGGUUUUCAGGAUUUUAUUCGAUCAUUUCUUGUUUAAGAUACACGUUGACGGGGAAAACAUUAUACGUUCAAAGAGCCCAUUUUUUCAUCUUGUUGGGACUUUUCUUUGACUUUUUCGACGGCAAGGUUGCUCGUCUUCGUAACAAGUCAUCGUUGAUGGGCCAGGAGUUGGAUUCGUUGGCAGAUUUGGUGUCUUUUGGUGUAUCACCUGCUACCAUUGCAUUUGCAAUUGGGUUCAGAUCCACCUUUGAUGUGCUUGUACUCACGUUCUGGGUGUUGUGUGGGUUGACCAGAUUGGCUCGGUUCAACGUCAGCACCAACAACAUUCCAAAGGAUAAGACGGGAAAGGCCAAAUUUUUCGAAGGAUUCCCCAUUCCUACCAAUUUGGGAUGGGUCGCUUUUAUGGCUUAUUUGGUGUGGAAAGACAAGAUACUCGAAAAACUUCCUGGCGGAGUUCUCUUUGAAGGAACGUUUGCUGAAGUGCAUGUUUUGGUAGCAGGGUUCUUCUUGCAAGGCUGUGCCCAGAUUUCCAAAUCGUUACAUAUCCCAAAACUUUAA